CCGGAAGCGGAAACGUGUGCCAUUAUUGUGGCACGCUCCUUCCGGUCCUCCCUUCUCUGCUAGCAAGUGGACUGAAGUAGCGAGACGAGCCUUUAAACUCGAUCCUGUAAAUAUUAUGAAUUGAUUGGUUUGUACAGCGCAGUUUAUUUCUGUUUCCAAGGAGCACAUCGCGAACCACCGAACAAAAUGAAUAUACGAAACGCAAGGCCGGAGGACCUGAUGAACAUGCAGCACUGUAACCUGCUGUGUCUUCCGGAAAACUACCAGAUGAAGUACUACUUCUACCACGGUCUGUCCUGGCCCCAGCUCUCGUACAUCGCAGAGGACGAAAAUGGCAAAAUUGUUGGAUACGUGUUGGCAAAGAUGGAGGAGGAUCCAGAUGAUGUUCCCCAUGGACACAUCACAUCCCUGGCAGUGAAGCGCUCCCACAGACGCCUGGGACUUGCUCAGAAGCUGAUGGAUCAGGCCAGCAGGGCCAUGAUAGAAAACUUUAAUGCUAAAUACGUCUCCCUUCACGUUCGUAAAAGCAGUAACCGGGCGGCCCUGCACCUGUACUCCAACACGCUGAAGUUCCAGAUAAGUGAGGUAGAGCCUAAAUACUAUGCAGAUGGAGAGGAUGCCUACGCCAUGAAGAGAGACCUGGCCAGCAUGGCAGAUGAGUCUAUUGCUAUAUGUCCCCCAGCUGAGGAAGCCCGGAGUGCGUGUUACGGGCCAGGAGGUGCCCUCUGGCCAGAGCCAGUCGGGAUCUGGUGACCAGGAGAGGGAGAGCGAGAGAGACAGCGGAGGAGAGAGCAAAGAGCUGAGUGAAGUCAGCGAGGCGACAGAAAGCACAGACGUUAAAGAUUCAUCCUCUGAUUCACAAUGACGCUGCGGUCCUAGACAUUUUUAAAUUUGCCCUUCACUUCCUCUUUUUAUCUAUUUGACAAUGUUCUGACAGCAUCUUUGGCUUCACCAACUGCGACUGUCUGUGCAUCGACGCCACUCCAACAUUUCCACCACUUAUAUUUCUUGAAUCUUGCAGCAAUAAACAAGGACUCUUGGAUAAUGACAUAUAUUGUGAUGAAAGCUAAAUGAAGCUAUAAUCAAUGAAUGGCGUCAAUAUUUUUAUUGAAUUGCUGUUGUCAUUUACAAAAGUGUCCCCAAGCUCUGUGAGAUUUACAGCAUUGAAAAACCUCUGCUUUUCAGUUAAUUAUUUAACAGAAUUGCUGCCAAUAAAUCUUUCAAAUAAUA